UGACAUACAAUAUUUAAAAAAAUGAAUAAAAUUUUGCUUGAUAAAGUCAAAUAUUAAAAUAUUUAACUGACCAUCUAGUUUUCAAUGCUUCAUUUCUCUAUCGGAGACAAUUUGAUGCAGUUUUUUUGCUUUACAAGUGGUCAUUCACGGUUUUCUAAGGAAAAAUUAAAACUUUACAAAAGUGUAAAAAUACAACAGCAACUGUAAAAACAUUGAAAAAUAAAAACAACAAUAACCGAAUCGGCUCAUGAUGAACGACACAUCAGUUUUCGUACAAUAUUCAUCGAAUUUUCAGUUCCUAUCUAUUUGUCACUACAUUACCACUCUCGGAGUUAUCUUUUAUAACAAAGGCCUAAUUACGUUGAAGCAGCGAAAUCAAACUAUCCCUGUACUCAAUACUUAUUUUCAAUACCUUCAUAAUUCCAACAAUGUAUCCGAGAAAAAACUCCAACUUCUAAAAAAUGUACUAAUAGGAACUGAUCUUUAUGGUGGCGGCGAAAAUGAAACACUCGAUUUGAAAUAUGUAAAUGAAACAUACCAGUACAUCUUAAACACUGCUCUCUUUUCUCACUAUGGACAUAUUACCGGAUAUUUAGCAGGUAUAAUCAACAAGGCAGAUAAUACAUCUUAUUCCAAACUUAUGAAAACCAUAAAGCAGGAACUCUUUAACAAUUACACCAGUAUAGAUUACUGUUUAAAAACAAACAAAAGCAAGAAACUCACUUUUUUGUCUGCUAAAAAAGUGUUUUUUGAAUAUCUACUGCCAAUAUUUCCCGAGCCAGAAAAUAAAGAUAUGAACAUAAUGGAAGUGGAUUAUUUAUACGCAAUGGCUGGUUUAAAAAUUGUCAAAUCCAUACUUGGAGAAACUCUAAACGCUUCGUUUGGUGAUUUAAUUUCAAUUACACGAGAGUUUGAUUUACAAGAGGCUUACGGUACCGAAACUUAUGAAAUAAUGUUAGCAGCUUUUUCAACACCGGCACUAUUUUUUUACGCCUCUAAGGAAAAAGAAACAUUCAGGGAGAAAUAUCAAACUUCGUUUAAUGCAGAAUUUUGGAAUGAAGUUUAUGAAAAUUUAUUUUCAAAUAUUAAUUUAGAAAUGAAUAAAAUUGAAAAUCAUUAUUUUGAAAACAACCUUUAUUACAAACUCGAAAAGGAAAUGAAAGAAUUAAAAAAUCGAAGAUUAUUGGCAACAACUAUACUAGAGAAACAUUGUAACUAUUCUGGUUUUAAAAAACAUGAAAAUGAAUAUGUGACAAACUAUAUGUCAUAUUAUCAUUUCUUUACAAAAAUAAGUGUUCCUUCUGGUUGUUCCGUAAAAAAUCUACCCGAAUUGCAAGUUGUUUAUGAGAAACAGUUUGGAAAUGUAAGAAAGACAAAAUAUGAAAUUGAAAAGAUUGCAAUAAGAAAAGUUUUAAAUGACAGUAAAGUAAUAGAAAAAUUAGACUCAAAAUCUAUUGUUAGUGAUGCAAAAGCAAAAGAUUAUCCAAUGUACAUGGCAAACAUGCCACCUAUGGCAAGAAAGAUAAACCCCAAAGUAUACCUACUGUUUGCAAUUAAAGAAGAAGGAAAAACAGAUUUUUAUGCCAUUAUAGAUAACGAUAAUGUUUUGUCAUUACUCGUAAGAAGUGAUAACAAACAAGAGUUUGGUAAUGUAAUUGCUAAUGAUCCAUAUACAGAAAUGGAAAUAAAUAUAAUUGCCAAUGAUUUGAAAUUCGCUCAUGAAGAUAGCGAAGCAUUUAUUGAAAGGAUUGCCGAAAUAAAGACAAGACAAUUUGUAAAUAAGCUAAUGGUCGACUAUAAAAAUGAAACUACAAAAGAGAAGGUUUUUAAUUUUCUAAAAAUACUUGUACCAUUUUACAAUUGUAUUGAAAGCGUAAAAGCGGAUAGCAAAAUUGGAGCCGCAAUAAGCUGUCCUUCAGAUGUUCUCUCCUUAAUUCCUGGAGUAAGUCUUGCCACAAAAUACGCAACAAAAAUAAGCGACAACUUUAUCAUUGGAUCUGGCAAAAAAUAUUUAAUUAGAAGUACUUUUGCAAGUACAGCAAGUGCCAGUAGAUUAACUUCAUUAUAUCAAAUUUCAAAAGUGUUGGCGAGAUCCGUUUCGCAGGAAAUUCUUACCAAGCACCUGUUAAAAGAUUUAUCUAUUACCUUCCUACGAGUUAUAGAUCCUGGAAUUGAAUUAAUCAACAACUUAGGCAAGUUUGGCUACCAAAAAUUGCACAAGAUAUAUAACACUAUGAUUCAAAACAUUCCAAAGAUCAAUACAAAUCUAAAAUUGUUAUUAACAACUGUGUUAAAAAAGCUUAAUAGGAAUAUGAAACUGUCAACAUUUAAUGGUCUGAUACCAAAGGUUCUUAGAGACGAGAAUAAUUAUAAACUCGUUCAAUACUAUUAUCCUAACGGUGAAAAUUUCUUUGGACCCACAUGCAUAUCAUCAUUUGGAAAUACUGCAGAACUAAGAACCAUUGAAGGCAAUCCAUUUCAAGUUCCCGUGUUGCCAACAAAAGAUGACAUAAACAAAAUUUUCUAUCGUGAAUAUAUUCCAGCAACUACUGAAAUUUCUAAUGUGAAACUGGAAAUGGGAGAAAAUGAUCUACUCCGAAGUGACUUACCUUAUCUUAAUGCAGAUACGAAAAUAAUACCUACUUAUAAAGUUAUUCCCGAAACUUCAAAGGGAUCUGGAGACCUUUAUUCUAAGAAAAGUUUGACAAAUAUUGAUGUGUCUGGAAUGGAAAGAGAUGAAAUUAUUCGACAACUUAUUCCUUAUCUUAAUUUAGAUGAAGAUAGGAAAAUAAUAAAAGAUUAUAUAGUUUAUCAUAAUACGAAUGAAUGGAAUAAGACGCCAAUGAAACCAGAUACGUCACAAGGAAACGUGCCAAGGGAAUUACAAAGUGAUAACAUUCCGUCAACUUCAAGGCUAUCUGAAGGAUUGGUUCGAAGUAACUUCAAAUCUUCACUUUGGUAUGGAGAAAAUAAUUAUCGUGAAAUGUUAUUAUCUUUAGAAGACUUAAAACCUAAAAAUUGGGCUGAUUUAUACAAAAAGAAAGAAAGAUUAAUAAUGUUACAAAAGAAUAUCGAGAAAAUACGUUGGAAUCAAGACAUGAUGUUUCAUGAAAUGCCAAAAGAACUGUGGUUUAAACAAACAUUAAACAGACCCCAUAUUGUUAAGUAUUUGGAGCAAAUGAAAGGACAGGAUUUUUAUUUCAAUGAUAUUACCCUAUUGACAGAUAUUCGUCCAAGUGAAAUUAAUCUUGUUAAUAAGAAAUCAUACUCCUUAACAACAGAAAUUCGUUAUCACAUGACAAUUGAUUCUCAAUAUGGACUUGUUGAUUUGGCUGAAUUUGAUAAGAGUUGGAAAAACCAAUUUGUUGUUUUUCCAGAACUCGAAUUUCACGUAGUAAAUGCUGAAUUCAAAAAUGGAAAGGAUUUCUUACUUUUAGAACUAAAACAAAAGCCAAUAUUGAAAUUAAAUUGGCAAAAACAAAGAAUGAAGUAUAGCUUUUCACUGAAUAAUAAAGAAGUAAAUACAUAUCCAAGAAGUGUAAAUAUCGAGAAUGCGGCUAAUCUUAUCUCAUUAAACAUUCCUCUGCGUAGAGUAACUGAAAGGGAAAAAUUCUUAAAAGGUUACAUUUUAAGAAUUGAUCCAAUUGAAACUCGUGUUCCUACUUAUGAAAUGUUGGCAGGUGAUAUAAAUGCAGGUAUAAUACCUUCUGAAAGAUUUAACGAAUGGAAAAUAACAAAUCACAUUUUUAUUGAUGAUGUUCUAUUUGAAGAAUCUGCAUAUCAGGUUAAAAAUUUGGAAAUUGCAAAACAAACUAUAAAUUAUAUUUUUGAUGAGACUCAUUUACAGAAUGUUGAAACUGUGUAUGAAAUGUAUAAGUUACUUUCAAUUCGGCAAAGUAUGCGAUUUGAGGAUUAUUAUGUACUGUAUUCACAUUUGGCAAAAACUUUACCAAAAAAUUUACAUGCACAAAGAUGUUUUUCAGCUGCACUAAACAGAUUGGCCCUUAGACAGUGUGAUAAUAAAUUUAUUAAAAUUCCAAACAUACUUUAUGGUGCUUGCCCAGUAAAUAGCAAAAUUUGGCAAGAAAUGUUAUCAAUUAAAAAUUUUCGUAAGCAAUUUAAAACAAAAAAUUUUCUUGUUUAUUCUAAUGCUGAAGAUGCUAUAAAAAAUGUUCGCUUGACUACUGAAUUAAACCUAUUCCUAUUGGUGAAAUAUGAAAUUAAAAAUCCAUCUGGAAUAGUGUACAUUGAUCCUAAUUAUUUCGAAGUUCCAAAGGAUGUGUAUUAUAUUCAUGACACAAUCAAAUUGCAAAAUUUCGGGAAAGAAAUUACACCCGUUAAUGGAUUUGAUUUUUUCACAUUGGUAUUGCAGGAUGUUGAAAUUACAAAAGAAGGACGAAUGGUUAAUUCGGUAAAAAAGUUAAAUACAUUAUUUUCAACUAAUGAUAAAUUUUAUAUUAAUCUAAAUCCACGAGAAAGUUUCAAAGUUAUUGAUUUUGGAAAAUCGAUGGAAACUGGACAACCUAUUGUUCAAGGAGAAUUGGUAAUUGAUAAUAUUCCGUCAACUUCAAAACAAUCUGGACAACAUACUUCGCAAGGAACUUCCCAGUAAAUAAAAAUUAGGAGUAAGCGAAAAGAAUUGGUGGUAACUUAAGCUGAAUUCGGUUUGGCGAAAAAACUGAAUUGGAACGUUACAAUGAAUUAUUUUUUUCUUACCAUGAAUUCUUUUCUUUUGAACAUUUGAAUUGACGUUUGUUUAUUCGAGUUUACAUUAUAAAUGAAAAGAAUAAAUAUUUCGAAGUCUAAAAAAUCCGAUUUGGAAUAAGAAGUAUAUAAUUUUUUAAAAAGAAAUAAAAGUACCUUUGUUAAGGGUUUGGAGAAUUUAAAAGAAAAAGUGUUUUAUUUUAAUGAUCUUACUUUUUUGACAGAUAUUGCACCCAAAAAAUUGUCAAAUUUUGCCUUAGAGAACGAAGUACGUUUUCACUUAACGAUGAAUUCUCAAUUUCGAUUUAUUGAUCUUUCUGAAUUUCAGCAUACUUUGAAAAACCGAUAAAUUUUAUUUCCGGAAAUUGAGUUUACUGUGGAGAAUACUUAUUACAUUAAAAGAGAGCCUAUUUUACAAAUAGAUCAAAAAUAGUUCAAAAACCAAUUAAGAAAGAGAAAUGGAUUAAAAUUAGAGAAGAAAAUUCAAAGUUACUUGACAAUCAAGAAAAAUAUCAAUUAAAAAGGUGCACAGAUAUUGAAGAUGCUGCAUACUCCAAAUCCACUAGAAUACCUUUACAUAGAUUGAGUGAUUCGAAAAAAUGUUAAAAGAAUAUAUAUUAAGAUUAGGUUCCAGUGAAUAUACACUGGGUGUCGAUUAUGUAAUUUGAUUUGACGUCAAAAUUAAAUUCAUUUUAACGUCAAAGUCAAAUUUAAUUCAACAAAUUCAUUGUUUUAUUUAACUUAGACGUUAAAUUAAAAUUUAAUUUUUUAUUUCAAUUUAACGUCGCAUUCAAAUUUAUUUUUUGAUAGCAAUUUGAUGUAUUGCAAUCAAAAAAUAAAUUUGACGUCAAAGUCAAAUCAAAUUACAUAAUCGACUCCCAGUAAAAAUACAGAAUUAUACUCGAUUAAAAUGAUUCAUUUUAUUAAUAAUAUACCAUCAGACGUUUCGACAUCAACGUUAAUGUCCUCUUCAGUGUAAAUAAUUAAAUAAUUUGUUGAAAUAAAAAUUCGUUAACAUGUACUCUGACUUGAUUCGGCGAGAUGAUUCUUUGGCACAAAAAUAAUUAUCAUUAUAAGAGCAUAUAAAAAAUAAUAAUCUGACUAAUAGUUAUGUAUAUUUUAUAUAUUUAUUGUAAAUUAUAUAUUUCUCAUAAUACAUAAAUUAACAUAAGUUACAUUAUUAAUAUUGUUUAAUAAACAUUCUAUUAUAGUAUAUUUCAUAGUUUAUGUAUGUAAUUUAUACUAGACUUAAUUAAUCUAGUUUUCAUCCCAAUUUCAUUGGAGUGUACGCUUCCAAGUCAUUAAAACCGCAAUGUACGAAUAUAAUUUGCAAAUUAAUGUUAAUAUAAUGCAUUGUAACUUAAAAUUAUUUUCAAUUCCAAAUUAAAUUUAACAAUUUUAUUGCAUUAAAAAAAAUUAUUGUAAGAAUCAUAUCAUUAAUGUGGCAUGGCGCAAACCCUACUGUGUUAAAACAAAAUUAUGGCUAUGUGCUACACUACAAAAAAUAUUUUUAAAAACAUCUUAUCAACAAGAACUAAAGCAUCGAAUGAUUAUUUUAAAUUAUUUAAUUCUGUUCCAUUUUAUUUUAAGGUCUCCAAACCUGUAUUUGAUAAAAUAAAAGUAUUACUUGUUUUUUUAUAAUUUAA